AGUCAUCAUGGCAGACGAAGCGGAUAUGCGCAAUGAGCUGGCCGACCUCCAGACACGCGCGGACCAGAUAGCUGAUGAGUCUCUGGAGAGCACUCGGCGUAUGCUGGCUCUGGUUGAGGAGAGUAAAGAUGCCGGCAUCAGGACUCUGGUCAUGCUGGAUGAGCAGGGAGAACAACUGGAGCGCAUCGAGGAGGGGAUGGACCAAAUCAAUAAGGACAUGAAGGAUGCAGAAAAGAAUUUGAACAAUCUAGGACAGUUCUGUGGUCUAUGUUCAUGUCCCUGUAACAAGAUUAAGGGCGGGGGCCAGGCCUGGGGAGCCAACCAGGAUGGAGUGGUGAACAGCCAGCCGGGGGCUCGAGUGGUGGACGAGCGCGAACAGAUGGCCAUCAGUGGGGGCUUCAUCCGCAGGUAA